AUGACGAGGAUUCCCAAACAUGAUGAGAAUGUACAAGCCGAAAUCAACGCAGAAAAUUCAAACCCUUUGUUAACAGGGGGUGGAGACCGAACGGGAGUAGCAACCAAAGUAAUUAAGAGAUGCCGGUUUAGAAGACGAGCUCUAAGGUUUAUUAUGAUUGGAAGAUGCUCUGAUGCUACCAGACAAUUGAUGGAACAGGGGGGUAGUAGAGCGACCAUCAAGAAAAACCUGGGUGAUAUCCUGGAAACAUUCAAAGAAAGUGGACCCCUUCAUACCCAACUUGAGGAACAUCUUCAAGAUGAUGAGCAACUACUAGAUGAUAUGAUGACUUUAGCCGACAUAAAACUGGAAGUCAAUACUAUCACUGGAUGGUGCAAGAACAUCUGGAUGAGAGAGCAUCAGGAUCCAACAAUUGUGGUAAGUUUCAAAAUAGUUCUCUGCGUAGCAGAUCGCCUCCUAUCAUACAACAGGAAAACGCAGACAAACCAAGAUGAGUUCGACAAGCAAUAUGAGGAAAACCGAGAGACAGACGAACAGCGGUAACAGCAAGCUGCCCAGCUAUCGAAAUUAUCUCGACAGAAGAGAGUGAAAGCAGACCAGCCGCAGGAACAAGCCAAUGAAGCCGAAAGGCAAUCUGCAGUCACGAGAAAGAAACGUCCCAAGACCUACAACACCUGCUCUUCCUAAAGAAAGAGAGCUCCACGGUACAGAGAAAGCUGCCCUCUAUGUAAAGCAUCUCGAUCAAUUAGAGAACUAAAACCAGAUGUUGAAUGCCGCCGUCAUGAUCGACAAGAAGAGGAAGAUUGGAUUCCAAAGAAGAUUCAAUUCCAGAAGGAUCGCAACGUUGAACUAAGAACUGUCUGGAAAGAUCCCAGUUAG